GUCUGCCCCCGCACUCCUGCGACAGCAGCCCCAGCUCCUGUGGCCAACGGCUCCACAACCCAGGCAGCUCAGGCCAUGGAGGGGCCCGUGAAGGAUGGGAUCCUUUAUGUCCAGCACUUCAAAUUUGGAAAGAGGUCCUGGAAGAAGGUGCGGGCGCAGCUGUUCGCGGCUGGCCCGUCAGGCGUGGCCCGCAUGGAGCAGUUUGCGGUGCGGGACGGUUCGGGGCCCGAGAAGACAUCGCUGCGCCGGGGCGAACGCCGGGUGCUCCGGCUGGCCGACUGUGUGUCCGUGGGGCCUGCCGGCAGCGAGGGCUGCCCCCGUGGCACGGCCGCCUUCUGCCUCCGCACCCUGGACAAGAGCCACGUGCUGGCGGCCGAGCAGCCUGACGAGUGGGUGGCGCAGCUCUGCCAACUGGCCUUCCAGGGCACAAAGGAGAUGGCUCCAGGCAGCAACAGGGCCUCGCCCAGCUCUGGCCUCUGCAUGGAGGAGAACACGAUCUACUCGUCCUGGCACGCACCGAACGAGUUCCCAGUACUGCUGCUCCGGACCGAGGCCUCCACCCGCUGCGGCCUGAGCGGGCGCUACCUGCUGGCCGUGCUGCCCGAGCGCCUGGUGCUGAAGGAGCUGCAGACGCGGCAGCUGUUGCUUGCCUGGCCCUACCCCUUCCUGCGCAAGUUCGGCCAGGACCAGGCCAUGCUGUCCUUCGAGGCCGGCCGCCGCUGCGACUCUGGUGAGGGCGUCUUCACCUUCAGCACGGGCCACGCUGCCGAGAUCUGUGGUCUCAUAUCCGCUGCCAUCGCCCGCCAGAGGAACCAGGAGCCCUGGCAGCACCCCGCCAGCGGCCCCGAGGGGGCACCAUCAGCGUCCUGGGCCCUCGAGGAUGGAGGGGCCGCGCCGCCCGCCUGGCUCCGGCCCGAGCACCCUCCGCCCCAGCCCUGCUCACGGGAGCCAGGGGCUCCAGACAGGGUGGACCACACCUUCCCCGUCAUCUACGCCUCCAUUGUCCGGGGCCUGCAGCCCCUGCCUGCUGGGGUCCAGCGGGAGCCGGAGCCGGAGCCGGGGGCCUGGGGCCAGCAGCCCUCCGAGCACCUGUACGAGAACCUGUGCGGCCUGGAGCCAGACUGCCCGGGGCGGGGCCUGGACCAGGCGGCCCCGACCGCCACAGCUCUGCCCUGCCCGGAGCUGGCCCUGCCAAGGAAGGCGGCUGUGCCGGGUGGGCACGUUCACAGGCGUAGCUGA